AUGGGAACAAUGAGGAACAAUUUCGCGGCAGUCUUUGUGCUCCACAUCCUGAUGCACUCGACGAGUCAAUCCCUUUCGCUACGCGGCACAAACGGAAAUUCCUUCAAGAGAAACAGUCUGCCCGGCGCUUUAACCCUCGAACAGCGAUCUACAUCCUCCACGAUCUACGAAUGCCUGUUCGUUGAUCCCGAUCUACCAGCUUGCGACGUUAAAUGGAUGCUAAAUUCGACCGAGGAUCCGACGAGUAGUCGAAAUUCUUUCAACAAAGAUACAACGCAACGCUCGAGAAGAAACGUCGAUAUUCCAUCCACGAUGGACGUCGUAGUUUAUACUAUCGAGGGCUGUUUACCACCUAGGAUACCCUUUUCAAUGCCUUCCUGCGAGGGAAUUUCCCUGGACAGAAUCGUAGAUGUACAGAAAUUCCGUCCCUUCACCGUGAAAGGAGUGACAAAGCCACCGUUCGUGUUUCCGAAAUUCAAUUAUUCUCGAUGGCUGAGCAUGAUGACGCGGUUGCGGAAUCAUGUUUCGUCUAAAACACGGAACGAAAAACGCGUUUUCAAGGAAGCUUUCUUGGAAUCGAUUCAGGAUCGUAUGGAAGGGCUGAUGACCGCGGCCACGACGAAGGCAACGACACCAAUCGCAAUUGCGGCCAAUAUAAGCCAUACAAACGGGUCGUCGCCGAACACGUUCAUUCCUAGCAAUGCUAAUUCCACCGAAUCGAUCGUUCAGCCACGAAGAACACUCGAGAACACGUCACAGACGUCGUCUUUUGCAAGUGUAGAUAAUCCUCCAAUCCUGCAAUUCCAUGACAAAAUAAACUCAAUGAAAUUAUUGUCUAAAGAAUUCCACGAUCAUUCGAAGGUCAAUGCUGCUGAUCAAAGACUACACGCAAUUCCGGAAACUCCAGCAAUUCCGGAAAUUUCGAACGAUAAGCUAGUAUACGAACGCGAGACGAUGGAGGAACCUGCGAAUGAAAUUUUGAAUUAUGACAAUUCCAAGAAAUUCCAAGAAUUGAUCUCUAACGCGCGGACGACCAGAGAUAAUAGUGGAAUUGCUCAUGAUUUUCCAGUCACGAAGAAGAUUUUCGGAGCAUUCAGAAGAAAGAGAGAGAUAAUGAUAUCAGCUUCGGCGCAGGAAAUUACCGACGGAACAAAAACUCGUGGAAUUGCCGAUCGAACGAUCGUACAAAAAUUAAGGCAUAAUGGAGAAAAUUUGAGUUCGAUGACGAACCAGUUUGCCGCUUCUAAAAGCCAAAAGAAGCAGUUUAAAAGCUUAAAUGUUAUCGACGACGAAAUUAAUACUAGCGAAGACGUUUCGAAUAUAGUAAUUCCAAGUUACAGUAAAGAAUCUAACGUUGCAUCUGUAAAUAACGAUUUUUAUGGUAGGACCGAUAGCUGGAAAUCGACAUGGCAGAAAACCGUGUCGCCAGAAACAGCGUCGAGAAUGAAGUAUCGAAAUCGCGUGGAAUUGUCGUCGUUUAGAAGACAGUAGUAUGCAUAAGAAAACGUUUCGAUCGAAAGACUAGGUUAAAACGAUACAUUGAGGGAAGAACGUAGAGGUAAGAAGAGAUUAUGAUAAUUCCAAGUAGACUAUGGAACUGUGCACGAUCAAACUGUCAAGUAGGAACUUAUUUUUCGAAGAACAAUAUUAACGUUAUCAAUCGGCAACAAUGUUCUCUGGUUCUUCGAUAAAGGAUUAAGAAAUCGCGAAUGAUCGAGGAAUCGUAAAACGAAACGACUUUGAACGAUAUUGAGUUGAAUUCGCCAGAAUUCCGACAAAAGUUUCCUUUACUUUUUAUUUUCGUAAGCGUUUUUCGCUUUAAGAAGAUGAGAAAUGAGACUUCGAUGCAUGCACCUGUAAUUUCUGCCAUAAAUUCGAUAAGUGUGACGAUUAAAAUUGUGCAGAUUCAGCUUUACAUCUCGUUAUUCUAUCGAGACCUCGAAUGGUCGCGUGGUGAUUAACGCUUUGCAUAUAAAUAAAUAAUCUGUAAAUUAAUCGUCUAACAUGGUUUUUAUAAGAAAUUUAGGCGGAACACCAAUAUUGGAAUAUUCUCACCUUAUAUAUCAAACUUUCACGGGAACAAUACGGUAUACACAAUAUGAUGUAUUAAAACCAGAAAUAAUGCCCUCGUUAAUAACGAUUAUAGUAGGUUCAACAACAUAGUGAAGUUGUAAAAUUGCGUUAAUAUGAUAUAACAUAUUCUGCUAACGUGAUAGAAUAUUUUGAUUAUCCACACGAUAUUUUAAACAAUUUUACGCGAAAUAGGAAACCGCCAUUGAUCGUUACAGAAUUAGUCAACAGUAACAUAAUUUUUAAUACAUACAAUUUACAACCGCAGCAUAUCGUUGAACGUGCUUAUACUUCGCUGUACGAUUGGCAAAGCGUUGAAUGUCACAAACAACGACGCGAUAUCAAGAGGGAAAAUCACAAAAUAAAUCGUAGAUCGUAAAAAUCGCCCAAGUCACCUCCUCGAGAAAGCUUCACCGUGACGGAAGCAAUAGGGUAAAUAUUCGCCAAAGGAAUCCGUUGUCCUCGAUCCUGCUUGAAAUUUGGAACGAAAUUUGUCAACGAAGACGAGCUGACAGAUUGAAAAGCGGUAGGGUUAAAGCCAGACUCGUGGAUACCGACGUUCUUUUAUCUUUUUUCUACUCCUUCUCACAAUUUUCCUCUUUCCUCUCCUUUCUUCUUCUCUUCGUCCAUUCUCCAAUCCUGUUUAUGCAUAGAAAAACGUCUCGACUCGAUCCCUUGUUCCGAUAAAUCGCGCCAGUUUCCACCGCGGAAGGCACGAGAAUAUAUUUCCUCCCCCUCGAAUUUCACCUCGAAUCCCGCGAAUACGAAUGGUAAUUACUAGACUGCGAAUUUUUAUGUAUGCGCAGGAAAUUUCGAAGUAUAAAAUUGAACAGAAUCCGCGUAAUAUGCAAAAAUAUACAAAACAAAUAAAAAACAUAUAUGGAUAAAAAAUAUAUAGAUAUUCAAAAUAGUAUAAUACUGGGUACGAUGUUGAUAGAGACUAUAAAAGUAUUUAUUAGACCACCUUUAUACGUACUAGUUGAUUAGAUCCAAAUGUAACAAAUUCCAUAUCAUUUCAUAGUACAUUCGUAUAAUUACGAAAAUUUGGUAAUAUGCAAAUGAAAUGUAAAACCUAUUGAAAAAAAUGCUUCGUCGGAAAAUAAGCUAGCGUAGAAAUAAUUUUUGCAAACAUUUUUGCAAGCAUGAACCAAAGUUCUACAUUGGUUAGUUUAGUCACGUUCAUAAAAAUAUAAAUUUCCAUAAGGAUCUGCAUUCUUCGAUAGCAAUUACCUUCGAUCGCAUCCUUUCAUCGAUCGUGAUCAGUCGGUAUCCAUACUGUGCAUUUAUUGGUGUUAUUCAUAAAUCUCGACUCGAAUUAGGUACACGUAUUUCGUCUUCGUUGAUCUCAGGAGACAAAGAAACGGACAAAGAAGCGGACGUGGAACGUAGGUUAGAUUACGCGCGAUGACUUCGUUAAUCGAAUUUCUGAGUUCGAGAGUUUUUAAGCUUCAUUUUGAUGUUAAGAGCAGUAGGAUGACAUUUAUGUGAAAAUGUUGGACAAAUGUAGAAUUUCUCGUUCGGAUAGAUGGAUAUAAUUGGUAAAAGAAAUUGAUGCAAAUCGGAUACUAACUAAAAGUUCGUUCGAAUAAAUGGAGUUCUACUGUAUGAUAUUAAUAGUACAUAUAUAAUGUGAUAUGUAAACUAAGACGACAAAGUGAUAACGUAUAGAGGGAUAAUUGUUAAGCGACUGUCUAUCGACUAGGAGUAGGCAUAGCGUAAUUUUUAACUUAACGCGGUAUCGCAAGUUUCGACAUUGCGAUUUUAUUUACUGCUGUAUGUAACGUAAGGCGGCUUGAAUAAAGCGUGUUACAGAAUAAAUGA